AUGGUUGAGUGUGCAUAUGGUAUACCAUCUACAAGAACAAUUACUACUGACACUGAAUUGGACGAAUUAAUCGCAACAGAUAUGAAAUGCGAUGUUGAGAACAAUAAAAUCGUUUCAAGUGAACUUGAUCAAAUAGAAUCAACGGAUAAAGAUGAUUCAUCUAGCGAUGAUUGGGAAGAUAUUAUGUCGUGGUCCUUUGAUUAUUAUUCAACGAUGGAUGAGUCUUCAUUAGAUGAUGCAGAAUACAUGUUAUCCGGUGCUAAAAUACUUAUAGAAGAAUUCAACUUUAUGUUGCAAGAGAUUCAACAAGAGUCAUCCAAAUCGCCAUCUUCAACAACAGAAGACAAAUGUUAUGAAGAUUUGCUUAUAUGGCGUAUUCAAAGAGCAAUAAAAACUUUACAAGCUAGUAUUAAUACACAAGGAUGUGAAUAA